UAGUUUGUUUUUAAAAUUUAAUUUAAUUGUUUUGAUAAAUUUAUCAUUUGAAGCAUAAGUAAUUAUCACAUUUAUGUGACAUUAUUUUCAACUUUAAUUAGUUAUGACAGUUUUAUUUAAAUGCACACAUUUUUACGCAAGGUGAUAUGAAAUGAACUAAUAUUUCUUAGUAUUAGAUGACCAUUCAUGUUGGUGAUAAUGAGAAUACUUAUUCUUGUGUAACAUGUAAUAAGAGUUUUUCUUAGAAAAAUUUACUAGUUGCAACAAUUUUAUUUAAAUGCACACAUUUUUAUACAAGGUGAUAUGAAAUGAACUAAUAUUUCGAACUAUUAGGACUCAUUCAUGUUGGUGAGAAUACUUAUUCUUGUGUAAUAAGAGUUUUUCUUAGAAAAGUAAUACUGGUUAUUAACCUGAUUCUUGUAAUAAGAGUCUUUCACUGAGAAGUAAUGUGACGGAAUACAGUCAUGUUCAUACUGGUGUGAAGCCACAUUCUUGCAGCAUAUGCAAAAAGAGUUUUUCCCAUAGAAGUGACAUGACUAAACACUAUCCUGUUCAAAUGGCUGAGAAAUCAUUUAUCUGUAAUGUAUGUAAUAAGAGUUUUUCAAACAGAAGUAAUCUGACUAAUCACAGUUAUGUUCAUACUGGGGAGAAACCGUUUUCUUGUAGUAUAUGCAAUAAGAGUUUUUCACAACGAAUUAAUCUAACUACACACAAUCUUGUUCACACUGGAGGGAAGCCUUUUUCCUGUAGUAUAUGUAAUAAGAGUUUUUCACAAAGAAGAACUUUGACUAAACACAGUUAUAUUCAUACUGGUGAGAAACCUUAUUCUUGUUGUAUAUGUAUUAAGAGUUUUUCUUUUGAGAGUGGUCUGACUAAACACAGUCGUGUUCACACUGAUGAGAAUCCUUAUUCUUGUAGUAUAUGUAAUAAGAGUUUUUUAAACCGAAGUAAUCUGACUAAUCACAGUUAUGUUCAUACUGGUGAGAAGCCUUAUUCUUGUAGUAUAUGUAAUAAGAGUUUUUCACAAAGAAUUAAUCUAACUACCCACAAUCUUGUUCACACUGGUGAGAAACCUUUUUCCUGUAGUCUAUGUAAUAAGAGUUUUUCUAACAGAAGUAGUCUGACUAAUCACAGUUAUGUUCAUACUGGUGAGAAGCCUUAUUCUUGUAAUAUAUGUAAUAAGAGUUUUUCACAAAGAACUCAUCUGACUAAACACAGUAGUGUUCACACUGGUGAGGACCCUUUUUCUUGUAGUAUAUGUAACAAGAGUUUUUCACGAAUAAGUAAUCUAACUGAACACAGUCGUGUUCACACUGGUGAGAAACCUUAUUCUUGUAGUGUAUGUAAUAAGAGUUUUUCACGAAAAAGUAAUCUGACUAAACACAGUCGUGCUCACACUGGUGAGAAACCUUAUUCUUGUAGUGUAUGUAAUAAGAGUUUUUCACGAAAAAGUUAUCUGACUACACAUAGUCGUGUUCACACUGGUUAUAUAUGUAACAAGAGUUUUUCACGAAUAAGUAAUCUAACUGAACACAGUCGUGUUCACACUGGUGAGAAACCUUAUUCUUGUAGUGUAUGUAAUAAGAGUUUUUCACGAAAAAGUAAUCUGACUAAACACAGUCGUUCUCACACUGGUGAGAAACCUUAUUCUUGUAGUGUAUGUAAUAAGAGUUUUUCACUAAUAAGUAAUCUAACUGAACACAGUCGUGCUCACACUGGUGAGAAACCUUAUUCU